AUGGAGAAAAUUGACACACAUUGCCAUAUUGUUCCUCCAGGCUGGAGAAAAUGGUGCGAGGAACAUGGUUGGGACAAGCCUGAUGGCAUGCCAUGUAUUCCGGAAUGGUCGGCAGAGGGACAUAUUGCACUCAUGGAUAAGCUCGGUAUUAAGCGGUCAAUUCCGAGCAUUACCUCGCCCGGCACGCUUCUCAAACGUGUAACGCGAGAGACGAACAUCAAGAUCUCUCAAAUCUGCCGCCAAUCCCCUGGCCGAUUUGAUGUCGAGGGCUCUCUCGAAGAGAUCGAUCAUGCCCUCGAACUCGGGGCAUCUGGGUUCGCAGCCAUGACCAAUGCCCAGGUUUACUACAUGGGCGAUUCUCGAUUUGACCCCGUGUUCAAAAAGUUGAAUCAGCACAAGACUCGGGCUGUCGUGAACUUGCUUCUAUCGGGUACAGUGACACAAUUCGAGAACUUGACAUCCCUGGUUUCGCAUUGUGGUGCGACUCUGCCGCCUCUUGUUGAACGUUUUUCUGCGUUCUCUACGCGAAUGCUCAAAUCUAGCGAAAAGAUGGCCAGCGAGCGGGUCAAAGAGAUCUUCUCCACUCGGUUCUACUUUGAUCUUGCAGAAAUGCCGUUUCCAGAUUUGAUCCAUGGGUAUUUGCGUAUUGGAACGCCGGAACGUUUGCUGUAUGGCAGUGAUUAUCCUUAUACGCCUAGUGCCGUUAUUGAGAUUCUGAAUAAGACGAUGGAUGAGCAAAUGAAGGAGCUUUUUGACCAGGAGCAGCUUCAGAGGAUAUUCUCUCGUAAUGCUUGUGAGCUUCACCUGUGA